CUUAAAUUUGACCAUUGGUAUUCAGUUUCUGUUUCUCCACGGUCCAAACUCGAUGAUGACGGAAACGACAGAGCUUGGCAUCGAGGACGACGGAGAGAACUCCACUGCGGUUAUGGGUUCAUACGGCUCAGCCGUCUGGCCAGUCUACGAUGCGGCGGCGGAGAUCCUCGUAUUGUGGGCAAUCAACCAGCCUUCAAUGCGGAAGCACAAUUUCUUUGUCCGACAAUCAUCUCAUUCUCUCUCCAUCGAUGCCUGCGGUCAUCUCCUCUCCAUUCUACAAUCCCCCUCCUCCAUGGGCACGCCGGGAGUAACAGGCGCCGUGAUGUGGGACAGCGGCGUUGUUCUCGCUAAGUUCAUGGAACAUGCUGUGGACUGUAAGCGGCUUGUUCUGAUGGGAAAGAAUGUAGUUGAGCUCGGCUCUGGAUGCGGUCUUGUCGGCUGUGUGGCAGCUCUUCUUGGUGCUCAUGUCAUCCUGACUGAUCUCCACGAUCGUCUCAAGCUUUUGAAGAAGAAUGUUGAUGUUAAUGUAGGAGUUUUGGGGAAUGCUCGUGGCUCUGCAAGGGUGAUGGAGCUCACAUGGGGGGAUGAUCUUAGUACAGAGUUCGUAGCGCCUUUGCCUGAUUUUGUGGUUGGAUCUGAUGUAAUUUACAGUGAAGAUGCAGUGACAGAUCUGCUACAGACACUGAGCCAACUUUCUGGGAGUCACACCACAAUAUUUUUAGCAGGAGAGCUCCGGAAUGAUGCUGUGCUAGAGUGCUUCCUGGAGGCAGCAUUGGGGGAGUUUCAAAUUGGGCAUAUUGAUCAGACCCAAUGGCACCCCGAGUUCCGGAGUCAUCGAGUGGUGCUAUUUGUUCUAGUAAAGAAAUCAAACAAGGAAAUUUGUUGAGUUCAAUGCUUAUUAAAUGGCAUUGGAAUUAUGGUGAACGCAGAUUAUUGCAGCAUCGCCUAAACUUGAGAAAUUAGUGUUGAAAGAGCUGCUGAAUUGCAAAGUUCCAGCAUAGAAGCUUGUAUCUGAUACUGUACACUGAUUAGUUCUAAAUUGCCUUCUGCAUUGAAAUGGAAAGCAUGUUCCACAACAGAAGAAAUUGUAAUGUAAGAGUUCUUUUUUCUUUGAUAUGUGAGUUUUUUCAUUUUUAUUUCGUGGAAUUUAGCUUAAGUUUUACCUUAGCAAUUGUCAGACUCAGUUAUCAUAACUUUUAUGUAUCAUUUUUAACAACUUGAGGUGUUACUUUCCUAA